GGACGACUUUAAAUGCAGCACGCAAGCAAAACCCGAAAAUAUAGCUCACGCAUCCUGUAUGGCCAGCAGUAUGUCCUGGCGCUGGGCUGUGUUUAAAUAAACCGCUAUUUUGCUUGUAGAUACAUUUAAAAAAAUAAAAAUGUUGGGAACGUCAGGUAGACCGGGUGUCACAGAGAAACCACCUCCUCCGAACUGGAUCCUAGUGCAUCCCACGUAUCAGCAGAUGAAGACUCUGGAGGUGGGGGACAGCGCCCAGGUGCACGCCGCUUUCCUUGUGUACAUGGAUCUUGCUGAGGAGCACUACAUCCUUACAGUAACCCUCAUCCUGUCCUUCGCAGUGCGUCGGUGGAAAGAGGUGUCAUGUGUCAAGAGUCCAGAACUGCAGGUGGUUUUGCUGGAAGGGAGGGAGAAGGAAGGAGCACCCGUCCACACUGUCCUUCCUCUGCCUGUUGACCAAUCUCUGAGCCACAAAAGUAUACGACACGUGCUGGACAGGGGCUUUCCUGUGCUGCUGUGUGCUGUGGCAUCCGACUCCACCCUGGUCUACCAGAGGAUGACUGAUGGAUUGGUGACACCGGACCCUCCUGUAGGACCUUUUCAGGAUGUGGGACGCCGGCAGCACCGGAAGAGACGGCAACAACACUGAGCAGAGUCAGAAGACAAUAACAGAGGAGCAAAGACACUGGAUGCUCAGUCUGUCUGUAUGAGACAUGACCACAAGGCUGGACUGACAGUAUGGCAGAAGGUGCCGUUCGGCCCAUCCAUGGUAACCCUCCAGGUGGUGUAUGUGGCUGUGAAGUGGACUUCAGUGGUUUUCAAGAGAACGUGUCAUCACUGGUUACAUUUGUUUAUAGACUGUAAAUCAGUCAGCAAAGAAGUGCUUUAUUUGAACUGCAUUUACAAGGUGGAGACUUGUAAUUACCCAAUCAUUCACAGGGAAAAGGAACAUUUAGGGGAAAAAUAUAUAAUUUUGUGCAUAAAUGUUUUUUGCACUUAACAAUUCUGUUCCUCGUCUUGCGAUCCCUCGAUUUAUCUUACGACUACCGCCACAGGUGCCAUGUUGGGGAGCUCUAGUGUAAGCACACUACAGAGCUGUCUAGGUGUGUCUACAUAACUCUCCCUGAAAAAUUGUGAAACUGCAGGGCAUCCGCAUAACAUUUUACACACAAUGUGACUAGAGUCCAGCAGAAAAUAGUGGCUCUUGAAAGGGUGGAAAUGAAAUGAUCUGAAUUAUUAUUACUGUUACAUAAGCUCAAAUGACCUGAUAAAUAUCAUUUAUACCAGUGGGUUCUAUCAGCAUCAAAUGAUCUUUGUGUUUUCAUUUGUUCCAUUGCAUUGGUGUGAUGCUAAUUUUUAUUAUAUGGUGCAGAAUAUGUAUAUAUUCAUCAACACUGCACUGUGGUACAUACACCACUCAGCCAUAACAUUACGACCACAGAGGUGACGUGAACAACACUGACUACCUUGUUACAGUGUCACCUGUCAGUGUGUGGGGUAUAUUAGCCAGGAAAUGAACAUUCAGUCCUUGAAGUUGACAUGUUGGAAGC